CACAAAUGGUGGGUAUAUAUCCGGUCAAACCACAUUAAUAGUUAGUUACCUUACUCACAAGGUAAUUCUCAUUACGUUAUCAGUAGUAGUAAGAGUUUCGUUUUCAUGGAUAUAGCAAUAAACAGAAAACCAGUUGACUAUAUCGUGUUCGAGCGGGUACGUCUAUUUUGCCUCCGUAGUACUUAAACAAAAUGUUUACUGUGUGUUCCUUUCAUUCAUUACAAUCGUGUAAUUUUUCUCAUGUCAUUUUUAAUGUAUGCUAAUAAUAUCUUUGUUGAGUCUUUUGAUAAUGCGAAAAAUUGUGUCGAGUGAACGUGAAAAGUGUAGUGUAUAGGUGAUUAAAAAAGGAUAUUUAAAUUACAAAGAAUUUACUGGUUUUUAAAAUGCCAGGAAAGUGGAACAAUAAUGACCCAAUCAAUAAUGGUCAUUCUACUCUCCCAAGAAGCGGAGAAAACGGCAACAUCAAAUUCAAACAUCUCCAACACACACCAUCUCUGAAGGCUCUUAAGACUUACAACGAUUUAGCUGUAGAAGGAAAUUUUCAAAGUGAUAUAGAUUUACGAUUGUACACACCACAAAAAUACGAUGCGGGUAGCGUUUCUAGAUUAUCCGUUGGUAGCGAUAUCAAAUCGAAUGAUCAAAAUUUGUACGAAUACAUUAGGACAGGGACGAUGUCGGUUGCCUCUGGAUCGGAUUUUAAUUCGGAAAUCAACGAAAUGGGUUCCACGGCGAAGUUGGUUCCUUCUAAAAUGGAACAAUCGUGCCAAACUGUCUUGUAUUACAUAUCGACAGCACUAUGUACUAUGUCCAUGGCGUUAGGAUUAGGAAAUUUGUACAGAUUACCUCAAACCACCAUGAUACGCGGUGGCCUACCAUUUUUAAUAGCACAUUUAAUAUUAACCAUAUUUAUCGGAUUGCCGCUCCUGUUUUUGGAAUUAGGAAUUGGUCAGAUGGCGCAAGAAGGUUUUAUUAAGUCUUGGAGAAUUAUUCCAUUUUUUAGAGGAAUUGGAUACGUAAAAUUUUUAGCUGGAUACAUGUUAAGUAUUUAUUAUCCACUCUAUAUGAGUUUGUCACUCUAUUAUAUAAUAUGGAUUUGGAAAGGAUCAAUUCCAUUUCAAGAAUGCUCUACAGGUGUGAAAAUUACAGAGGUUGGCUAUUCACAUUACGGAAAAAAUGGACAACAGUGCUUGAGAUCUACAUUUUUAAAAUCAGUCGUUGAAGAUCCUUAUUGGUUUGGAAUUUUUGCAGCAAUUUUAUUAGUUAUAUGGGUAAUCUCUGCUUUUCUGACCAUUGGAAAAACGAAGAGCUACAUACGAUCACUAACUAUAUUUAUAUUUCCAACUUUAGGAUGCCAUAUUGCGUUAUUCGUGAAAGCUAUGUUAUUUCAGACUGAUCUUAUUCGUUUUUUUACUGAUGCCGACUGGACCUUACUAGAAAGUGCUAAUGUAUGGUAUUAUGCGUGUAUACAAGUAUUUUUCUCUACAACAGUUGGCUUUGGAUCAUUUGUCACAAACGCCGGAUUUUUGUAUAAUAAAGUAAAUCCAUUUUGGACUGCUCUAGGCUAUUGUGGAAUAAAUAUACUAUUUGGACUUGGUUCAACGAUCAUUUCACAAUCCCUAUCAAAUUAUACAAGUGCCAAUAUAACUUCAAGCGAAGGAGAUGUAGCCGAAAUUUUUCUAAUGUCUCUUAUAUACGACAUCGGAGGUGUUAACAAUGACUCUGAUAAAAAUAUAUGGAUUAUUCUCAUAUUUGCUCUGUUUAUAUUAUCUGGCUUUAUCAGUAUGGCGACGUUAACCUACACACUGUUGAAAGCCAUAACUGUUGGAGCAAGAUCAAGGCUUAAAUGGUGGCAAGCCAGUGUAAUAUUAUGCGUUUCGGGUUAUAUCCUUGGAUGUGCAAUAUUACUAAAAUCAGAUUUUGAUGUCGUUCAUUUGUUAGAUCAUUAUAUUGUGGGAAAUUUAAUACUCAUAACGGCUAUUUUGGAAGUUUUAACUGUAUUAGCGUUUUAUGGAGUGGAACGAAUACAGUCCGAUUUUGAAUUUAUGCUUGGGCAUAUUUUAUCAAAAUUUUGGCUAAUAUUAUGGUGGCUAGCACCGAUUGUUCUAACGUCCAUUUUUGCUUGGGGGAUGAUUACUUUACCGCUGGAAGGUAUUUUUAGAAAUGAUCCACCAUGGCUGUACGGUGUUGGAUUUGGCAUUGUUCUAACGUCUAGCCUAUUAAUCUUUGUAACAGGACUUUAUAUAGUUACAAAACAGGACGGAUACACUUUUAUAGAGAGAUUUAAAUCUUCUUUGAAACCUUCAAAGAAUUGGGGACCAAAGGAUCCAAUAUCCAGACACAAUUGGAUCCAAUGGAAUACAAAAGCAAAAUCAGGAGAACGCGAUUUCACAUUAAAAAGAAAAGGUACAAAGGAUUACACAAAAUCGAUAAAGAAAAAUAAGAAAAUAUUAGCUAGUUGUCAGUCACCUCAAAGUGUUCAUGGAAUGUACAAAGAAAAAAUAGAAAAAGAUAAUAUCGAUAAUAAUAAUAGUAGUAACAUAUACACAGAAUUAAAUGAAGCAAAUAUGAUAUCAAACAAACAAAGUCCAGUUGAAAAUGGACAAUUUAGGAUAGUAUCGUUAACAGAUUCUCUAAAUUCGAAUCAGAUGGAUCAAAAGUACAAGGAGAAACCCAAAGCGCGAAAUCCAUUGGCUAGAAGAGAAAUCAUUUUAAAUGAUAGUAUGCCCGAUGAAUAUGGAACAUUCAGAAAAGGGCCUUAUAUCAUACCAAAUAAUAACAUAGAACAUGUUUGUUUUAGAAAAUUAAGUGAUAAUGAAGAUGCCACAGAAUUGUAAAUGUAUUUAAUAAUUUAUGUAAUAUAUUUUUGUAUUCAAAUUU